AUGGCGGCGAAGAGCAAGGCGCCUGUAAAAGUAGGAAUUAGGCGUAGACUAACAUUUUUGUUUCCUCGUCAAGUCAAAGCAGCUAAGAAUGAGACCUGCGUUAUCUGUCUCGACCAAGACAUCGAUUCUGAUGUCAUGUUUCUUGUUGGUAGUUGCGGUCAUCGGUUUUGCUUAAACUGUGUGAAACAGCAUAUAGAAGUGAAGCUUCUUGAUGGAAAGAUACCGAAUUGUCUUGAGCAUCGGUGCCAGUCUCAGCUAUCUAUUCGUAAAUGUGUCAAGAUUUUGACUCCAAAGCUGAGUUUGAUGUGGAAAUAG